AUGGAAGGCAGGAAGGGACAUCAAAUUCAGGCGUGUGUCAGGAAUGAAUUAAUUCCAGACUUUGAAGAUCUUAUUAAGGAGGAUGGUGUUUAUGUUCUUCGUAAAUUUGGCAUGGGUGUUCAGGGUGAUUUAUAUCCUUUUGUAGGUCUAAAGAAGAAGAUCAACUUUUAUCGUUGUACCUCUGUGACUCCUGUUGAAGCAUUCAGUGGUGAUCCUUAUGGGUUUUACUUCUGGAAGUUUGAUGACAUUAACAAAGGCAAAGCUGCAGAAGUUAAAACAGUUGAUGUUGUGGGUAGGCUUGCUUGGUGUGGUGAUUUGGACAUAUGGACAACUAAAGCUAAAGAGACUAAAAGACUCAUAUUCGAUUUGCAGGACUUGGAGGGUAUUGUGCUUAAAUGUACUUUUUGGGGUGACUUUGCUGAUGAAUUUCAUAAAUAUGUGUCUUCUAAUACUCAAACUAAUGAGAUGGUGAUUGUCAUCCUACAACAUGUGAGGGUGAAACUGUGGAAUGAAAUGCUUGGUGUUCAGAAUGAUAAGUAUCGGAAACCAAACAAGUCCCAUCCUCCAAACGCGCAGCAUAAACAACAUGUCUGUUGCCCCUAA